AUGUCUACCGGAGUACGGCGGGGCUUGAUGAGCUUGAUGCCUUCUCGGCUUGAUGAGCUUGAUGCUUCCUUGGCAGAGGAGCUUCGACGGCGGCCAGAAGUAAGGAUCAUUAACAAGUAUGCGGUCAUUCUGGCAUUCAUCCAAUUUGGCGUGAAAGGUAUGGGGACCUUGACCCCUUUGUGGGGCACCGCGGUCCUCCUGGGCGGCUUCGUCUCAUCUCUGAAGCAGAUCGAUUUUUGGUUUCUGACAAUCAUCGUAUUACUGCAGGCCGCCGGGGUAUCUAACAUGAUGGGAGAUGCUCGUUUUGUGUUCUUUACUGACUGGAUUGGAUCUCUUUUCUGGAACAUUAUCCUUUCUUGGGGAGAAAUACAUCAUCUUGAACAUACUCAGUUGACUAUGAGACAAUGGCUGAAGAGACAAAUAUAUAUCCUCAUAUCAAAAUUAAUAGAUAUCAGUCUAGUCGUGAUAUUUUACCCAGUGGCGCACUUUGCUUCUUUUGGACCAUUACUGUACCUUUUGCUAUCGGCCAUUCGUUUAGUAGAUCAAGAUUAUGGCAUCGUUGAUGGAGAUGCAAGUAAAGCAAAUUUGAAGCAGGGGCUGAACAUAUUCUACUACUUAUCUUUUGCUCAUGGCACAACAUGCUUAUUUUGCAUGUUGGUUGAACAAGUUGCUGAUGUAGGGUGCGUAUUAACUGUUUGCCAACAGCAUGGUUUCAGCCUCCACAUCGAUGUAUUUGUUGCAUACUUGCGCAAAACCAAGCAGAUGUGUGUAAAUAACCCCGCUUCCAUAAUGAGCUGGGAUUUGAUCACAUAUGGUGCCAACUUGCUGGAUUCCCAUUUACCGGAGGACUAUGUUUCCGGUGCAAGGGUACUAACCAUGCUGAUUGAUCACGAUACACCCUUGGCGGUAAGACAGUUGCUGAUUAUAUCACCCAGACAGAGAAUUCAGAAGCUAAUCGGCACCCUUGCUUGGAGAAGCCUAUACGAGCAAGAGAUGAGAUGGUUUGCAGCAAGGAUUGUGGAGCAUCUCGCCGGUAACCUCAACCUUGCUCACUUUCCAGGAGCAUUGGAAUGCAUAUCUACCCUCCUCGAUGAAGAAGCUCUACUUUUAGCAUCUGUAACUCUGCAAGGAACUAAGGAUCUGGUUUUGCCAGGGUUGAGAAUUAUAGAGAACCUAGCUCAUGAUGAACAUAAUUGCACACUGAUAUGCAACACUAAGGAUCUUCUCUCAAAUAUUGUGAAGCCUAUCAGGUCCAAUGAGUUAGUAGAGGAUAUCAAGAGCAACGCUGAAUGGACCAAGGUAGUAGUCGCAUUAGUGAAAGUAGUGAGCAGACUCAUGGACUCUUCAGGAACCACCGGAUAUGAGAUGCGCAGAUUAAUUGCAGAUGAUAGUUAUGCAGUCAGAAAUUUGGAGGCCCUUCUGGACAUGGAUAUGAAGAUAAACAACAGUAUCAUAGAGCUACAAAUGAGUGCUAUAGAGGUUCUUACACAAUUAACCUUACAUAAACAUAAUUCAACAAUUCUAGCAAUGGGGAUAAGAGCAGAAAUUAUUAAGAGGGCGGUACACAUCUUCCUCACUACACAUUGGAUGGGAGAUUAUUUGAAAGAUGAAAAAAGGAAGAUCGAUAAACCAACCACAAGUCAAGAAAAUACUUUAACCAAAGAGUCAAUACGCAGGCGCAUGAAUGAUUUUGUUAACAAAGUCUGUGCAGUAGAGGCAAUAAAGAAGGAAACGAGGAUGAAAGAAGCUAAGGAAACUACAAGCCAGCUUAAAAACAAGGUGGGCGAAGCAUUGGCCAUGUUGUCCAGUGAUUCAGAGGCUGUCAAGAGCUUCACAGGAUGCAAAGAUGAAGAUAUCCAUCGUCUUACUGAAUUGCUCAACUUCAAUAUCAAGACCAUCGAAUGCAAAAUAAGUGCAACAUAUACUGUGGAAAUAGAUAUCAACAUCGGUUGUCGUAUUAGUGCAGCAAUCAUCUUGAAGCAUUUGAGCAACUACGUCAAGGUACCAAUAUUACAGAAGAUGUCGCCGAAUAGCAUCUACACUAUGGAAGAUUUUGUGGUCAGUCUCAAGAAGAUGGUGGAGGACAACAUGUACACUACCCCUGUAGGCCUGGCGAUACAGAAGCUUACCUGCAAGAUGGUUAUAGAAUUUAUGAAGCAUGAUCAAAACAUCGAAAUGAUCGACAAGCACAAUAUCAUUAGCACAUUACUGAAGGCUUCAAAGGCGAUGGAUGGGCUUGAGAGCAGAAUGCUUUUCUCUGGUAACGAUCAUGACUGCCACGGGGUUCCUCUGAAGCCUCUCUCUUCCGUUCUCUCUAAAAACGCAGAAGAACUUUUGAGACAGAGGAAACGGGAUCUGGUCAUCAACAUUGCGCCUGCUGGUGUACCACCACCAUGA